AGGAACAGGGAGGGUCUGAUUUGGCUCGAUGGUGUCGUUGAAGCUUCAGAAGCGGCUCUCCGCCAGUGUUCUCAAGUGUGGGAGAGGGAAGGUCUGGCUCGACCCCAAUGAGGUCAAUGAAAUUUCGAUGGCCAAUUCAAAGCAAAACAUAACAAAGUUGGUGAAGGAUGGCUUCAUUAUCAGGAAGCCAACCAAGAUCCACUCUCGGUCACGUGCACGCCGAAUGAAAGAGGUCAAGAGAAAGGGACGACACUCUGGUUAUGGUAAACGAAAGGGUACACGGGAGGCAAGGUUGCCAACAAAGAUUCUCUGCAUGAGGAGGAUGCGUGUGCUGAGGCGCUUGCUCCGCAAGUACAGGGAAGCAAAGAAGAUUGACAAGCAUAUGUAUCAUGACAUGUACAUGAAGGUGAAUGGUAAUGUCUUCAAGAACAAGCGUGUGUUAAUGGAGAGCAUCCACAAGUCAAAAGCUGAGAAAGCAAGAGAGAAGACAUUAUCUGACCAAUAUGAGGCUAAAAGGGCCAAGAACAAGGCAAGCAGGGAAAGGAAGUUUGCUAGAAGGGAGGAGCGUUUGGCUCAAGGACCUGUAGAGCGAGCUCCACCAGCACCUGCACCUCAAGCAACCGAGGGAGGUGCCAAGAAAACAAAGAAGUGAGAAAUUCCGGUGGCCAAGGAUAGAUGACUUGGGUUUAUAGGAAUUUCUUUUGUCAUGCUAUUAGUAGGCUUCUGGUGCAUAUUUUUUUCGCAAAACUUUCACCCCUCCACCCUUUUCUUUUUGUUCAUUAUAUAUUCUGGAGAAAAUGCUUAAAACAAUUUCAUAUCUUGGAACCUAAUUCAAUUGUAGUUUCUCAGUUUUGUAUCCUGGUUUUGUUAGUGAGUUUUGAUUGUGGUGAAUGAACAACUAUGAGUUUA